CUCAAAUAAAUUGCGCUCGUGGUCCGUCACAAUAACAAAGAAAGGCAAGAUGGCCGCCACAGCACUAAGGCAGUUGUGUCGAUUAGGCCCCAAAGUCGUUUAUUCCACUGCCCUUCUUCAGUGCCCGGGCAUAAGGCAUCAAGUGCCGGGUAUGCGGAGGGCGUCGACUUACAGGGCAGCGGUCCUGAAGGCGUUUGGCCAAGACCUUGAAGUUCAGGAGAUGAAGAGAAGGAAACUGAAGAAGGAGGAGGUGAGGGUAGCAGUGCACAGCUGUGGUGUCAAUGCAUCAGAUGUUCUCAUGGUUGAUAACAAAUACGACCAGGUCCUGAAGCCUCCUUUCGUUCCUGGCUUUGAGCUCUGUGGCGAGGUCAUUGAGGUUGGGGCAGAGGUGAAGAGCCUGGCCAGUGGAGGCCGUGUCAUUGGCAUCAGCAAGGAGAGCCUCGGGGGCUUUGCAGAGGAGUGCAUUUUGUACGAAAAGGAUCUCUGGCCUGUGGACCAUGCUGUUGGUUUUGACUAUGGGGCAGCCCUUGUAGACACAUACGCAACAGCACUUAUUGGCCUCAAUCGCCGUGCGGAGAUCAACGAGAACUCAACAGUACUUGUGACAGCCGCUGCAGGAGGCUUAGGGUUGGCAGCAGUUGACCUGGCUGCCAACGUUUACAAGGCGAAGGUCAUAGGCGUGUGUGGCACUGAGGACAAAGCUGACCUGGUGAGGCAGAAGGGUGCUUGGUCGGCUCUCAAGUACAACAAGAAGCACGUGGAGGCCAAGGUGAGAGAGGUGACAAAUGGAAAAGGCGUAGAUAUCAUAUUUGACGCCGUAGGUGGCGACGUAUUUAAUGAAACACUUUCUUGUAUUGCGCACGAAGGGAGCGUCAUUGUUGCUGGGUUUGCCAGUCGCGUCAUCCCACACAUCGAAACCAGCCAACUCCUGCCCAAAGCAGUGUCACUCAUUGGCCUUUCUCUCACACAUUACAGGGAUGCUGACAAUGCAGUCUACAGACAAGCUAUUGAAGAUGUGAUAGACAUGCAUGAAAUGGGACUCAUCAAGCCACACAUCUCGGCCAGUUUCAAGCUGGAGCAGACUGAGGAGGCCUUCGAGUUCCUGAGGGAGAGAAAAUCCACAGGGAAAGUGGUGCUUGAUAUCCAAUAGUUGGAAUUAGUCAAUUACAGUUUGUAAUUGUUGGCAAUGUUUUUUUGAUUACUAUUUUCUUUUACUUUCUUUUUAUGUAAAGGGAUUGUUAUGGGAAAUUUCUCUCCUUUUUCUUAUUCUUAAUAUAUAUUGUAGGAGUUGCUUUUCUGAUUAUUUUCUGUUUGCAGAACUCAGUCAUAUCAGAUAGUCAAGGAUCCUGUCUUCAUUCCCUUAAGAAAAUAGUGCGGGAGUCAUGUUCACUGUUGCUUUAGCUGUAAAUAAAAUUUCUUAGGGUAUGGAUUAUAUAACUAUAUUAUUUUCCUUUUAUCUUUAUCAGUGAUUUCUGUAUCUGCCAUGCUUAAAUAUUGUAAUAAUAGAAAUAUGGAUAUAGAAAAAAAUCAUCUGUUUCUAAAGAAUAUUUAGUCUCCAUCCUCCUCCCACUUGCUUUUUACUGUGAUAUCUCUCCUGAUGCUCAUGGAGUACCAGGGACUGAUGUAAUAAUGCCUGACAAGUGGGCAAGCACAUGUUGCCAAGUCUGUUGCAUAUAGCAAGCCAUUAAGGGGUACUGAGCAGCAGUGAUACCUAGCUGUCCUUUUUGAGAGCCAGGGUGCACUCAGUAGAUUCAGUGCACUUAGUCCAAGAACAUGAUAGCUGGAAAUAUCCUUCACCAAGACUAUCAGAGCAUGAUGUACAAGUGACACAAUACUGGAAACCCAUUCAUAUAGGAAUUUUAUCCUGUGACAAAUUAAUACUUUACCAUGAAGAACCAAACUGUGUAGUACCAGUAUAUCUUAAACAAAUGAAAAAAACUUAUCAGCUGUUUUCCAGAUUGUGAGGGUUAGCUAUGGACCACCAAAAAACUAAGAAUGGACUGGGUACCAUCUAGCAUUGCAAGUGUAUUGCUGGGACACCAGACGAGGACAAACCUUCUAAAGUCUAUAAUGGAGUCCAGAGCACUUAUAUAUUAUAUGUGAAUAAUGUAAGCACAAUUACACAGCCCUUCAGGCAUGUAGAACAUAAGUUUGAAUGCUUCUACACAGAAGUACUGCUAGUUUGGACAGAUAUUUUGGGAUCUUACCCUGGCUCUUUGCAAGGCAUGUAUACUUAUGUAAAUAAAUUUUAUCAAAUCAAA